AUGAAGGUGUUCCAGGAAGUGCAAGGGGACACGGGCCCCAUCGAUUGAUCACAACUGCACACAUAAGCAUUUACUAACAACAACCUGGAUUUUCGGAUGACAUUUUCAUGGGGGGCUACCGUUAAUACUCAUGGAGCCUCAAGAGGAAAAGCCAAUUAUUUACACUAUGGAAAACAAGCCGAUUGUGACAUGCGCUGGGGACCAGGCUUUAUUUACGUCUCUCUACACCCCAUUGGCCCAGCAGCUCCCCAGGGAACCAAUGGAGUGGAGGAGGACAUAUGGCAGGGCUCCUAAGAUGAUUCACCUGGAAGCUAACUUUGUCCAGUUCAAGGAAGACCUUCUCCCUAAAGAGGGAAACAAAGCCCUUCUAACCUUCCCUUUCCUCCACAUCUACUGGACUGACUGCUGUGACACGGAGGUGUAUAAGAGCUCGGUGAAGGAGGACAUGACCAGGUGGCAGAGCAGCCUGCGCGUCCACGGCUCUGCCGAUUGGGUCAUCGUCGUCGUGGAGACCAGCGACGCCAAGAAGAAGAACAAGACCAACAUCCUGCCGCGCUCCUCCAUCGUGGACAAGAUCCGCAACGACUUCUGCAACAAGCAGAACGACAGGUGUGUGGUUCUGUCGGACCCCCUGAAGGACUCGUCUCGUUCGCAGGAGUCGUGGAGCUCCUUCCUGCUCAAGCUGCGCACGCUGCUGCUCAUGUCCUUCACCAAGAACCUGGGCCGCUUCGAGGACGACAUGCGCACGCUCCGCGAGAAACGCACGCAGCCAGGGUGGAGCUUCUGCGAAUACUUCAUGGUGCAGGAAGAGCUGGCGUUUGUGUUUGAGAUGCUGCAGCAGUUUGAGGACGCUCUGGUCCAGUAUGACGAGCUGGACGCUCUCUUCACUCAGUACGUCCUCAACUUUGGAGCCGGAGAUGGAGCUAACUGGCUGGGCUCCUUCUGCGCCCCGGUGAAGGCCUGGAGCGGACUGCUGCUCCGCCGGCCCAUCGACAUGGAGAAGCGAGAGGGCAUCCAGCGCGGCGAGGCCAGCCUGCUGGACCUGCGCAGCUACCUGUUCUCCCGCCAGUGCACCCUGCUCAUCUUCCUGCAGCGGCCCUGGGAGGUCACGCACCGGGCCCUGGAGCUGCUGCACACCUGCGUCCAAGAGCUGCGUCUGCUGGAGGUGUCGGUGCUGGAGGGGGCGCUAGACUGCUGGGUGUUCCUCAGCUGUCUGGAGGUGCUGCACAGGAUCGAGGGCUGCUGUGACCCCGCCCAGCUGGCCGCCAACUGCUCCCACACCGUGGGCCUGUGGGCCUACGCUACGGACAAGCUGAAGUGUCUGGGCUACCUGUGCGGGCUGGUGUCCGACCAGGGCCCCACCUCAGAGGACCUGAACAGAACGGUGGACCUGCUGGCCGGACUGGGAGAUGAGCGACCAGAGACUGUCAGCAGCUUGCAGAGCCCGUACAAGAAACUCAAAGAAGCGUUGUCGUCCGUGGAGGCGUUUGAGAGACACUACCUGGAGCUCUCUCAUGCUGCGAUGGAGAUGUACCGGGCCAUUGGCAGGAUGAGGUCAGCCAGACUGGUGGGGAAAAGCCUGGCUGAGUUCUACAUGAGGAAGGCUGAUCCUGAUCAUGCAGAGAGCUUCCUGCAGGAUGCCCUGAGGUCGUACGUGUCAGAGGGGUGGAACCUGCCCGUCACUCACACCAGGAAGCAGAUCGCAGCGUGUCAGAAGCUGCUCGUCCGGACGGAGGACUACUUGCAGACCAGUGCCUUGCUGGCAGGGGAUGGGAAUCUGACCAGUGAGGAGAGGGAGCACUUCUGUCAGGAGAUUCUGACUUUCGCCGGCCAAUCAACAGACAGCAAAGGUAAGCGUGCAGCCCAGAAGGUGGCGCUCAGCAUGACCGCCUUCGCCCAGCUCACUCAGCUGCAGUUCCGCCCGGCAACGGCGUCCGUGCACUCCGGCGCCGCCCUGCAGGUGGAGCUCCGCCUCCGCAGCCUCAUGCCCGUCCCCGUGCCUCUGGAGCAGCUGGCCGCCAGCCUGCACUUCAGCCUGGAGCAGGCCGGGACCCUGGGCAGGGCCAAGGGGGCUCUCAGACAACCCAACCCAGGGAUAGUGCACUUCCCCCCGGGCAGCUCCUCGGGAGGGCCCCUUCAGUCGUCCUUGGCUGGGGGUCCGGCCCUGGAGCUGGAUGAGAUCCAGGACAGGAGCCCCUCUGAUAACUCCCUCAACUCCGCCGGCAUGGUGUGCAAGAACACGCACCUGGUCAUGCGUUGUCAUGACAGCGGAUCGUCGCCCGACCUGCCCAACUGCGUCAGCCCGGCCCCCGUUGCCAUGGACGACGGAGCGCAGAUGCUGAAGACGCACAACGUGACGCUGUUGCCCGGAGACAACAGCAUCGUCUUCACCGCCCCGAGUGGGGACCCAGGCACCUACACGCUGCGCCAGCUGUGUGCCACGGUGGGCCAGGUCCAGUUUGUCCUGCCCCACAUCUACCCCCUGGUCCAGUACGAGGUGUACUCCCAGGAGCCCCAGCUCACUGUGGAGCCCCUCACAGAGCCCCUGCUGGCUGGCCUGCCCCAGAAGGUGAGGUUCACCCUGCAGACGGGGCACUACAGCGUGAAGAAGGGCGACGCCCUGCAGCUGAGCAACACGGACAGCAUGCCCAUCCUGCCCCCCUCCCCCUCCUCGCCCUGCGCCGCCACCAUCCUCAACGCAGCCUCCGAGCGUGUGGGAGAGGCGUCUCUCUCCAUCCAGGCGUCUGAGAAGGUGACCAGCAUUGUGCUCCCCCUCACGCCCCCCUACCACACCCUGGAGUUCCAGCUGGAGGUGCUGUGCGUCAUCCCCUCCGGCCCCCACCGGCCCCCCGGGGAGAGGCUGACCAAUGGGGAGGUCCGGCAUCGGCCGCGCAGCUACAGCCACCCCGACACGCCCAUGACCGCCAUCGACCAGAGGAUGUCUAUAGACUGUCCCUGGUCCAUCUACUCCACCCUCCUGGCCCUCACCUUCUACAUCCCCUUUAAGACCAAACACUCACUGCUGUCAGCAGGCAACAGGAAGUUCAUCCAGGUGUGUGUGCAGAACGUGUCGGACGUGAGCUUCCACCUGACAGAGCAGCACCUGACGGAGCAGCAGCAGGAAUGCUCUCUGGAGCUCCAGUCCCUCAACACUAAAGCACAACAGCUGGUGAGCAGUAAGCAGUGUGUGUUCUGCCUAUGGGAGGUGAAGUGGAAGGCCUGUCUGCCCGCCUGUCUGCAGUGCGUCUUCUCUGCCAGCUUUUCUCCCAGCGCCCACCAGACCUCCUCCUUCAAGCCCUACCACUACGACUUCCAGCUGGAGAGAGUCACGACACUGUACAGCCUGAGAGCGGAGAUCCUGCCAGGCGCCGGGGAGCAGAGCUGUCACUCUGGCACCCUCUGUGGGCUGGAGGUCUCCAUCACACGCCUGGCGGAGCCCUCGGAGGGGGAGGAGGAGGUGGAGGGGCAGGGGGAGACGGAGGGGCUUCGCACCACCAAGCUGAUGUAUGAAGUGGCUGACAGCAGCAGCAGCUGGGCAGUGUGUGGUAAGAGCUCGGGGCUGGUCUCCAUGCCCCUUGCCGUCUGCGCCACGCACAAGAUCCACAUCGAGGUGAUGCCCCUCUUCGCCGGACACCUGCCUUUCCCCAAGAUCCAGGUGUUCAAGUACCUGCCUCACAGCGCCCUGCCCGCCAUCCAGCCCGACCCAGACAGCUGUGUGGAGAACGACACCCUCUCCCUGCUGGACAAGGCCCUGGACGACCAGGCCGACACGGCCAGCAUCCGCAGCCGGGGCAGCGUCCUCUCCGUGGGCAGCGGGGAGCAGCAGCAGAGAGGCCUUCCCAUGCCGCGUCUGGAGCCCUUCAACCCCGGCCAGGUGUUCAACCACAGCCAGGGCCUGCAGGUGCUGGUGCUGCCCGCCACCGACGACCACGUCCUGGAGGUCAACGCCACGUGACCCGGGGCGGACGCCGCCUACCAGCCUCCUGUCGUCGUCGUAGUUACCGUCAUCACCACCACUCACCCUGGCACCCACCUCUGGACACAUGCUACCCAGGACUUGGUGGGACCUUGCUGGGCUGAAGCUCCCGGGUGGGGGGCCUUGGGGCGGCUGUUUCUGGAGCCCUGACUGAGGGGCGUUCGUGUGGGCUAAGCUAGCUGGGCUAGACCCGAGCAUGAAACUAUCACGACAGCGGAACAUUGGCGUUAUCGUGGACUGUUAGACACCACGCCACCUUGGAAUAUCUUAACCUCCUGUGUUUUUCCUCCCUACUUCCUUGUCCUCCUUCUUAGACUGUGUACGUCUCAGUUGGUAGAUACAGUCCAUCUCUCUACAUCUUUUGGCUAAGAGAGCGAAACUCAGACGCUGUUGGGAAUGUUUUCACACUAAAGUACUGUCAUUCUGAUUGAUCGCCACUUUCAGAGCUUGAAAUGAGAUCCCGGACUGCCCAUAAUGCUUUGCAGCUACACAUUUGCCAAAUCCUCCUCCUCCCCCCCCCACUGGGUUUAUACUUUCACUCUCC